UCAAUUGUAGAUUUUCUAUCGGCAGUUUUUAUCAGUUUUUCGGGUACGGUACUCACCGAGAGGUUAGGGGAGGACGAACGAGUGUUGGAGACUUCCGGUGAUGGAGAGGAGAGGAAAAUUUCCAUUGGUCGACGAAUAAUUCUACAAUUUUCAAUCUCGAGGAGAAAAAUAAAUUGACAGCAAACGUUGAGGACUGUUCCUUUGGAGUUUCGAGGAUUUUUAGGGGUAGACUGUACCUUCAGGUUUCGGUGGCAAUUGUCAACUUUUGAGGUUAGACGAUUUCACUGGGAAUCGAGACAUUUCCAAGGAUUUUUAAGGAUCAUGGAGUACCUCGGGGAGGCCCUGGCACUUGGGUUCGAUAGUUUGAUCUUCGGAAUAUGCUUGAAGCAAUAUUUUCAUUGUCGAAAUUCUAUGAAAGCUGUCAAGAAUGCAGAAGUCUACGACCUCAGUGAGAACCUGAAACUUGUCGUGAAGGAGAGACCAGAUAAUAAAAUAGGAUACGUAGCCCUCAGAGGACCAGUCUCAGCCAUUGGAAAGCCUCUGUAUGGAAUACAUGAUAAAUCCAUCUCAGGAGUUGUUCAAAAACUUUCGGUUAAGGAGCAUGUGGUCGCCAGAACGACAGCUGGCUUUUGGUCUGAUCAGGAGAGGACGAUGCAGGAGCUCUAUAAUACCGUUCCGUUUGCCCUGAGACAAGGGAAAAACAGUGUAGAGAUUCUGGAACCCCUUUCUGCUCAAAUUCUCGACAUGGACGUUAUCUCUGACGAGUUCAAGCCCAGCGCACCUACGAUAGCUGAUCACAUCUGGGAAUUUUUUACUGGUGUCCGUCAAAGGGGUGUCCAGUCAACCGAAGAGAUGCUCCGCGAGGGUGUCACCAUUACAGCUCUAGGUGAGCUCUCGACCUCCCCCGAAUCCCCAGACAAACUCAUACUCCAACCUCCCCUCAACACUCCCUUUUACCUCACAACAAUGUCCGUGAGUUCUCUUCUUCGUAAGCUCGACGAACGUCGGCGUAUUUAUCGCUACUUGUGCCUCAUGUUCGGAGCAAUUGGUCUAGUCAUCGGUGGAAUUGUCAUCAGGCGGUACUGGAAGGAUCGGGAGGAGCAGAGACUCUCAGAGCAGCUCAGAAGAAGUCUAGCUGAGUCUAGGAAAGAGCGUAGACAGAGGAUGAGAGAAAAGGACCUCAGGGACGAUCAACUCUGCGUUGUUUGCAGGACAAACCCCAGAGAAAUUAUUUUACUUCCUUGUGGGCAUGUUUGCCUCUGUGAGGACUGCUCUGAUGGCAUUGAAAACGAUUGCCCAGUCUGCAGGGCACCUAUAGAGCAAAAAAAUGCUGCCUACAUCAUUUGAUAAAAUUUUACUGAUUUCUGUUGAUCAGUUUUCGUUGAUUAAUUUUAAUGAUAAUAAGGCUUGUAUGAGAAUUCUAUCGAAGGUUGUCACUGCCUCAGGUGAACGGAGAGUUGAGACGAUUUUGUUAUUCAAAACUAGGGCCUGCAAUUCAUUUUUUGUUAUCGAAAGGUAUGACAGGGGCCUUCAAUCUAGGAGAUAAGGGAGACCUUUGAUUUUUCAGGAGUAUUUUUUUCUGGUUUCCUUGACGUAUUAAUUCUCUUCACGAAGUGGGGAAGAUUAGCCAAAAUUUAUUUAGGAAAGAAAAGCUCCGUGAAUGGAAAGUGAGUGCAUUUUCUUCCCCAUCUCUUCAAAUGUUGUCAGAGAGAUGAAAACAUUGGAACAAUUCAUGACAGAAAUAUAAAAAAUAUUGAAAAUUG